AUGCCUCCGAAGGGUCAUUUGACCUUGGAUUUAGCACCAGAUGUGAAGUCCCCUGGCCCUCGCCUGGUGAUAGCGAUCGAUUUCGGAUCGUACGCGAGUGGGUACGCUUGGCAGUUUCGAACGGACUUUGAACGAGACCGUCUGGACAUCCAUAUCAACACGAAAUGGUCCGAGGGUGGACUCUGUUGCUACAAAACACCUUCUGCGCUGCUGUUGAAGCCCGACAAGUCGGUGGGCGAGUUCGGUUUCCGGGCAGACAAGAGGUUCAGCACAAUCAAGGAAGAAGAAGCCGACUGGGAGAACUGGUACUUUUUCCGAGGGUUCAAGAUGAUGCUUUAUACAACAGUGGAAGACGCAAAUGGUCGUCACCUGCCAGCUUCAUUGGUCUUUGGAAAGUCCAUGCAGUUCAUGAAAGACCACGCAAUAAAAAAUCUUAAAGAGGCAGGAGUUCCAUACAAAGAAGAUGAUACUAAAUGGGUGAUCACAAUCCCGGCUAUAUGGACUGACCGUGCGAAGGUUUUGAUGAGAAAAGCAGCUACGGAAGUGGCGGGAAUUUCAGCAGAAAACCUGACGAUUGCUCUAGAACCGGAAUGUGCGGCCAUCUACUGCAGUCAGCUCACACGUCAACAACUUGAAAUCGAUGGCGAUGGAGGAAAACUGCAGUACAUCGCGGCCCCGGACUCCGUGCUAAUGUUGGUCGACAUGGGAGGAGGUACAGUUGAUGUCACCACGGUUCGCGUUGGCAAAGGGGGACAACUGGAACAUGUACAGAUGUCAGGUGGCGGACCAUGGGGCGGUAUGAGGAUCGAUGACAAGUUCUUCACGAUGCUUAGAUACCUAAUUGGCCAAGACGUCGUGGACAAAUUUGUGACAGAGAAUGAAAUGGAUUACUUCGAUCUUAGGAUGGACUUCUAA